AUGCUUAGCGCCGCCCUCCUGCUCGUCGCCGUCCCUCCUCAAGAGCCUCCUUCGCCGCCGCUCCCGCCGACGCUUCCGCCGCUGCCGCCGCCGCCGGGGCUGCCUCCGCCUCCGCCCGCGUCUCCGCCUCCGCCUCCCAGCUCUCCGCCCGCGUCUCCGCCUCCGCCUCCCAGCUCUCCGCCCGCGUCUCCGCCUCCGCCUCCCAGCUCUCCGCCCGCGUCUCCGCCUCCGCCUCCGCCUCCCAGCUCUCCGCCUCCGUUCGCGCCUCCCGGCGCACCACCACUCCUCGGCCUCGAGUGCGAACGCGAGGCGUACUUUCGGCUCCCGACGCGGUGGUUCUCCGAGCGGGAGGCGGCGCUGCUCACCACGGCGCUGAUCAACGCGGCGAUCGCGGUCGGCUGCGGCCUCCUCUUCUUCGGCCUCCGCCACGCCUCGCCCACCAUCCGGCUCCGGGUCUACUCGCCGCUUGCCGGCUCGUGGAGCGGCGCGAGCGGCGGCGCCGAGCCGUGGCCACCCGACGUCUGGAUCGGCGGGCUGCGGUGGCUGCUGUGGCCGCCUCGCUGGGCGCCCGAGUCGCGGUACACGCUCGAGCUCUGCAUGAUGAUCCGCUUCCUCUCCAUGAACUUCCGACUCUUCGCCCUCUUCGCGCCACUCGCCUUCCUUGUCUUGUUGCCGGUGAACGCGACGGCGCCGUCGCCGCCGCCGCUGCCGCCGCCGCCGCCGCCGCCCGAGGGGGUUUCGUUCCCCGCGCCGCCCUCCGCGCCGGUGGGGGGCGAGGAGGGGAAGGACUACAUUGGCGGGCUCGAGGCGCUCUCCCUCAACCACCUGCCGCCCGGCGCGCUCUUCACGACGGACGUCCUCGUCCACUCCACCGCGGCGCCGCAGCUGCGCGACGCGGCGCGCUCGUCGCGCCGCAGACUGCUCUACUCUGUCCUCGCGGGCAUCUGCUCGAUUGCGCUGUUCUUGCUCCUAGAAGCGGAAAGACGUGUUCGUGUCUUCCAGCCCGCGGCAUAG